UCAACAUGAUUGAGUUCUUAAAGUUAAAUACUAGUACUUGUGUGGUGUUUCUUCCUCCUAUAUUCAGAGAAAAGCCUUCAAAUUUAACAAUGAAGUUCCUCUCUUUUAAAAUAUACUCUUCUCUUGUUUGUUAUUCACUUCUGGUGUGUUAUGUCAAAGCAGUUACAAGGAUACCAUAUAAUGAGUCUAUUCCGGCAGUGAUAGUUUUCGGAGACUCCAUUGUCGAUACAGGUAACAAUAAUGGCCUCAAAACUGUAUCUAAGGUUAAUUAUCCGCCGUAUGGUCAGGAUUUCAUGGGAGGAAAACCAACGGGAAGGUUUUCUAAUGGGAAAGUUCCUGCGGACUUGAUUGUUGAAGAAUUGGGAAUAAAAGAGCUAUUACCAGCAUAUCUUGAUCCAACUUUACAACCAAAAGACCUCAUCACAGGAGUUAAUUUUGCUUCGGGUGGUGCAGGAUAUGAUCCUCUAACAUCUGAACUCGCGAAAGUUAUUUCAUUGUCGCGUCAGUUGGAAAUGUUCAAAGAGUACAUACUAAAGCUAAGAGAAAUAGUUGGAGAGGAUAAGAAAAAUGAGAUCUUGGCCAACAGUCUAUUCAUAUUGGUCACAGGAACCAAUGACAUUAUCAACACAUACUUUAAUACGCCUCUUCGGAAAAGCUACUAUGAUGUUUCAUCAUAUGCAGAUCUUUUGGUCAACUCUGCUUCUAGUUUUGUACAGGAUUUAUAUGGGCUAGGGGCACGUCGGAUUGGUGUUUUUGGCAUACCACCAAUCGGAUGUUUGCCAUCUCAAAGAACAUUGAGAGGAGGAGAAGAAAGGGAAUGUGUUGAUUAUCUGAACCAAGCGGCACAACUGUUCAACAGCAAGUUGGCAGCAGAGUUAAGCUCCCUUGGAAACGAAUUUCCUGAUUCAAGAAUGGUGUAUGUAGAUGUAUACAAUCUUCCACUUGAUGUCAUCUACAACCCUCAAAAAUAUGGAUUCAAGAUUUCAGACAAAGGAUGUUGUGGGACGGGGAAAAUAGAAGUUGCAGAGUUAUGCACAUUUACAUGUUCAAGUGAUUCUGAUUAUGUUUUUUGGGAUAGCUUUCAUCUUACAGAAAAAGCAUACAGACAAUUAGUUCAUCAAAUUCUUGCCCAACAUUUAAGUAGCUUCUUCUGAUAGAUUCACAUGCCAACAUGCAUAGUUGGAUAAUCUCAUCAUAAAAAUAUUUAUUUUUGUUGUAUACUGCAACGAGAAGAAGAAUACCAGCUCACCCUAUGUACUAUCCUACUCAUUUGGUUUUUGGGACAAUUAUACAUGAUUUAUAGCACAUGGAUUGUAA